AUGUCAACGACAACUGAAGAAAUUCAAUCUUCUUCCGCUCAAAAACGAAAAGCUGAAGAUUCUCCUGAUUUAUCUCCUAAUUCAAACAAAAAACAAAUUGAAGAAUCUGAUAUUGUGCCAAAAACUCCAGAAGAAUUAGAUUCUUUGUUAAUUCCAAUAGAUUAUGCACGUCAACUUCUUUCCACACCAAAAGAAAGGUUGCCGUUAAAAAAGCUUCGAUUAAUUUUUGUUGGCUGUUGGAUGCGUUAUCAGGCAGUUAGGGAUAGAUCGAAGAAUCCUCUAACAAGUUUCUUCAUUGAUAAAGUUAUUCACGUAAAUCGUGAUGGAUUGCGAUUCAAAAAUACUCGCGAAAACAGCUAUAGAAGCAUUAUAAAGCUAAAGGAAUGUGUAAAUCCAUUAGACGAUGCUGCUUUCAAACUUUGGUUAGAUGAUUUGAGUAGCUGGAAUAUUCCUGUCCCUUCCGUCCAUGAAUUAAAAACUAAAAAAGAAGAAAUUGAAAGAGCAAUUGAGGAGUAUAAAUCGGACAACCUAAACAAUUCAAAUGAAGCAUUAGAGGCUGCUAAUUGUGAAAAGGAGGCUGAAACAAGAAUUGAAAUAAAAAAUGAAAGUGUUUCUCAAAUAAAUUCUUCUCUUCAACCUGAUGAUGGGAAACAGACAGAAACAAAUGUUUUGAAUGAAAAUACUGCUAAUUCUACUCUACAAUCAACUUCUGAAGAACAAGAACUUCCUAAUGGUUUAACAAAAGAAGAUAUUGCUAAAAUGGUAGUUACAAUGGACGAUCUAAUCCGUUUACUCGAUUAUGGCAAAGAUGUGUUUGAACGUGCAAUUUCGCAAGGCAGAGGAAGAUUAAUAAUUUAUUUGGAUCAAAUUAUUGGUGUUAAUUGGAUGGGAAAGCCGUAUUUGGUUUACGAAAAGCCAAUGACUUUAAGUCUCAGAUUUCGCCACUUUAGGGAUGAAAAAUUGAAGCUGUUACCUUUUAGAGAUCGUAACACCUUAAUUGAUCAAAAAGCAAUAGACCAAUGGCUAUACGAUACAGUUGAAUGGGAAGAAGAAUUUCCUACAAAAGAAUUUAUUGAACAAAAAUGCGAAGAACUCAAAAAUGUUUUUGCCGAACCACCAAAGGGACCGCCUAUUGAUUUAAUGAAAAUGGUUGAUGGUGACAACUCGGCAAGACAAUUAAGGAAGAUUAUGGCUUGGCAAAGAGAACAACAGGAUGUUAAUCGCCCCAGACAUUCAUCAUACAAUCCUCCUCACAAUCAUUAUUCUUCAUAUUCUGGGCCGUACAAUCAACCUCCUUAUUCAAUGCAAGGACCACAUCGUUAUCCACAACCUUUGAAUCAGGCAUAUCCGCCAAGGCCGUCUUAUGGUAUUCCUCCAUUGGCUCAUAAUUAUAAUCAACCUAAUUAUCAUCAAUAUGGCCAUCCACCAAUGAACCGUCCUUAUUAUCCAAAUUCAAACCAAUAUCCAGCUUAUCCAAGACAACCCACAUAUGGACAGCGACAAUAUUAUUGGUGA